AUGCCUAACACCAAAACGACGUCGUUUUGCUUUUUUUUUUUCACCCCGACUAAAACAAAACGCUGUCGUCUUCAACUAAUUGUGAAAUAUACUCCGCGACAUCGUUUUCUCCGUCAAAUUAACUCCGCCAAAUCUUUACCCUGCCGCCGAGACUCUCCACCUUCCUUCACCCUCCUUUCGGCCGCCGUUACAGAGGAUAAGAGGUCUCCUCGCCUUCAAUUAUCUGAUUCCAAUAUAAAAACUCCACCCACAUCUCCUUCCUUCACCCUCCUUUCUCUCAUCUCACAUCCGCUUCUUCGUCGAGAAACAUUUCCUCCCUCCGAAGUUUCAAACCCUCACCCUCUCCUCGCCAGCCGUCGCCAUGAUUCACGGUUACCCACUUGCUCCACCACCCUCCGUCAAAUUGACGACUUACUAUUAGGUCCCACUGCGGAUACUAUCACGGCUCGCCUCCUCCACCUAUGGGGUCACCGCGAUUCACUGGAAAAAAACGGAAUUGUCAUGCUUCUGCUAGAUCAGAAGGACUCCAUCAUAGACUCCAUCAUAAAAGCGGUCCUUCCAGGGACAAUCGCUCCAGACUUGGAUGAGACAUGUACAACACGCCAUUGUUGCAAUCUCAAGACACGAUAA